CUCCGCGUCGUAAAUAGUACCACGAUGUAAUCGGGCGUAAUUCUCGUUGCAAUCGGAAUUGUGCAAAAAGUUGACUCGCCCGCAGCCCUCUGGGAAGCACGUUGGACCGUGGGCGUCCUUAAAUCGAAAUAUUUUUGCGUUUUUUUUCGCGCGAUUCCGCGGAUGAAUAUUACAUUGGCGUCAACCAGGCCUCAGCUGUUUCCCGCCAAACGCCGCUACCAGAAAACCGCUGUGAGGCGUAGCGUAUGUUUGUCAUCCCGCGCUGCAGCGUACUAUUGUGCAUCAAAUUGUGACUGACAGAGUUUUGACAAAAACCUCGAAUCGCGUUGUCGUGACAAACCCCGGCGCGCUUCCGGAUAUUAUGUCCGUUUAUGUGGACGACGAGCGAGUAGUGUACGACCCCGAGAAGAAGGAAAUUUCGGGAAACGCGUCCAGUCGAAUAAACAAAGGCGGUGAACCACCCACGGCGACGAUGGAGGCAGAAAAGAGAAUCCGAAGAGAAAUCGCCAACAGCAACGAAAGGCGGAGGAUGCAGAGCAUAAAUAAUGGUUUUCAAUCACUCAGAUCCUUGUUGCCGCAUCACGAGGGAGAAAAAUUAAGCAAGGCCGCAAUUCUGCAACAGACUGCGGAAUACAUCUACUCUUUGGAGCAGGAGAAGACAAGACUCUUAUCGCAGAACUGCCAACUGAAGCGACUAGUGAGCCAGCAUGAGGGCGCCACGAAUGGCGGCAGCGGUGGCGGCGGUGGCGGCGGCGAACUGCCGCCGAAGAAGAGGAAGACUGAAAUCAUUUUGCCCACGUUGUCGGCAGAGUCCUCGGACGAAGGCUUGGGCUCGAUGUCUCCGGAACCCGUGAGCAUCAUCAGCGUGAACGUCUCGAAUGAAUCUCCCACCGAACUGAGGCGGCAGCUGGAAAGGGAACGCGAGUUGAGGAUGGUCCUGCAGGAACAGGUGCGGCAGUUCGAAAGCCAAAUCUACCACCAACAGCAGCAACAACAGCAGACGCAGAUCUACCAAGUGGAGGGCACGGAGGAGUUGGCGCUCCAGCUAGUCAGCGCGGAGUGCCUACCCCCGGUGGGGCACACCCAAACCGUUGUUUGCUCUCCGCAGAACUCUCGGAGCCCCAGUCCCGAGCCGCCCGAGCAGCGGCUACCCUCAGUGCUCGAGGCGGCAAUCAAGGCGGAGCCCAAGGUGGAGGUGGAGCGGUUGCCGUCGCCCAACCCCGGUCACGAGGACUCCACCCCCAGCCGCCUGUACGCGUCCAACACGUCGCGGCAGAACCUAGAGACCAUCGUGGAGGCCAUUCGGCACCUAGAGGGCGAUCACCUGUUCGGGGACGAACCCCUGACGCAGGAGGUACCGCUGGCGUUGACGAAGAACGAGAGGAUGAACACCCUGAUGGAGUUCAGCGCGGCGAUGGUGCAGCAGAGCCAGCAGUCGCGACCGGGCGUCAUUGUUGUUAAGCAGGCGUCGUGAUCCCGCAUCAUCCACUUCGCACGUUCAUGCUCCUGCAACGUGCCAAUAAUCCCGGAAGGGAAAUCGGGAUCUGUCCCCACCAGCAAAAGCAAACAGUGUUAGGUCGGCCCGCCGCCGCUGAAACGCCGACGUAGUGUUCCUACUAAUCUCGUCGAAUACAUCUUCAAAUUUCUCACGUCGGAGAAGAGAGACGGCGGCCGGCCACGAUUUUUUUGAAAAUUCAGAUUUUUAAUGACGGUUUUUUUACGAAUUUUUUGUUACUUAAAAAAAGUAAAGUUUCUUUUUAUUUGAAACGCCAAAAAUAUAUUUAUCAUAAAGUUAGAAAUUGUAGUGAAAUUGUGUUCCUUUUGUACAUAUAUUUUUACUUUUAGGAAAAGGCCGUUUAUCGGCGAUAGACAUAGUUGUACUGUAGCACUAAUGAGAAAUUAUGUUUCAUUUUUUAGUUGGUUUUCCUCCGUUUUUUGUUUAAGAUAUGUUUUUACGAUGUAUAUACUAAAAGAAAUUAGUAUACGUAUAAUGAAGUUUCAAAAUACUAAUGAUUGUUUUUCGUUAUAUGAAUAGAUAAAGGAUAUUUCGGUUCUGAUGAUCAGGGCACAUGCCGACACACAUUCGAGUAGUAAUAAUGUGGUGGCAAGAUCCCGUUUGUAACUUGUUGCCUCUCUGUGAAUUUGUAACUUCUGUCAUUACCUGCAUGAGUGUGUACAUUGGAUAUGGUGUGUGCUGAGUUUCUUUUUAUACUAAAAAAAAUUGAAAACUAAUUAGUUCCAAGCUUGACUCGGGACAGUACUGAAAUUCUGAGUAACUGCGAUAACAUGAGUAAUAAACUUAGAUUAGGUAAGGUUUGGGAAUGGACUUGUGCGGUGGCCGUUGUUAUAGUAGUAUAUUUUUACUGACGUAGGAAAUUGUUGAAAAGGGUUAUCAUAAGUCGAAGGUGACCACCCGCAAGAUCUUAUUGUUGGGAGUUGAGUGUCUACUUGCAUCAUCCAAUUGAAAGAUUAGGAAAAUUAUGCACUCAGUCGUGUCUGUUCAGAGAAGGUUCCUCCAUCUUUUUUACUUUACGUGGGCAAAUGGUAGUCAUAAUUUUCUCAAUAAUUUUGGGCUUUUUAACUGGACAAGGCUUUCUCUUUAUUACCCCCGAGUAUUUACAAAGUUACGCAAGACUGGGUGUAAAGAUAGUAAUAAUAUUUAUAUAGAUGUACUUCAUAAGUCUACUUUGUAUCUAUUGGAUGGAUGUAAAGUAAGUUGAUAAACUAAAUUUAACGUUUCUUUAAUUGGUUCCCAUUAUUACUGUGAUUGUAUUUAUAAAAAAUUGAUAACAUUAUAACGCUAAUUUAGUAUAUGUACUAGCCACAGGCUAUUUUGCGGGCUUGUAUCUGUUCGAAAACUGUUGCUUUUGAUACAGCACUCCAUAACUUGUAUAAUUUACCAGCAAUUGUCCAUCACACGAGUUUUACACUUGAAAAGUAUUACUUACCGUGUGUUCUGUAAACCACGUGAUCGAUAAUUGCUGAUCGAUGACAUUUCUGUUGAAGCUACAACGUUAUUGCAACAUAUAUAUUUCAUACACUCAUCUCAUUUUAUUUUAUCAUUGUCUACAGUUCCGUAUGCUGCAGUAACUUUGAUUGUUUCUAUUGUGGUAUGGUCCGACAAAAUAAUCACUGCACACAUUAACUUAUGGUUAUGUGCUUCGAUCAUUAUGUUGUGUCGCUUGUAAAAAACAAAAUAUUUCAAUAAAAUAUUACAAAUA